AUGGAUCCAAAUCAUCAACAACAGGAGGUAACAUCUGGUUCCCCUGAAGAUUCUGUUUAUUCUGGUUAUUCUUCUCCAAAUCCUAUAAGACAAGAAAAUUCUUUUUCUACAGGAACAUCUCAAUACCCUACAUAUCCAUCUUUUUCACCUUAUAUUCCUCAGGUGGUUCAAUUUACUCCAACAUCACAACAACCCCAAUUUCCAAAUACUUCUCAGUCUCAAUUUAGUGAUCAAGCUUAUACCCCUUUACAUCGUAGAAAGAGAAAAUUUCAAAACAUUACAUAUGAAAAACUCCUCUCAGAAGAGGAUUUAGCUUCAAUGACUGUUGAAGAAUUUGAAGAUUAUGUUAAUGAACUUAAAGAUCGAAGAACCAUAACUAAAACUGAAAAAGCUACAUUAAAUAAAAUUAAAAGAAAAUUAAAAAAUAAAGAAAGUGCUCGUAAAAGUAGACAGAAAAGUAAAGAAGCUUUUGUUACUCUUCAACAGCAAUUAAGUGAAUUAAAAAAACAAUAUGAUGAUGUUCUAAGAAUUAAUUGUCAAUUAAUUGAAAUUGCUGAUGGGUGUGAAAGGUGUAGGCAAAGAAUAAGACAAGUCCAACAACCACCAUUAGAACCAGGACAAACUAAUGCACAACCACCUCAUCAACAAUGUCAACCAAUGUUUCCACACGCUUAG